CAAUCCCUGCUUGGCUCGCGGCACAUGUAAUAUCCCAUCUGUGACGUCAUCCUCCUGCGCCACCUACUGACAGAUCCACGGUCCAUGUGAAUGUCGGUUUAUCGCUCAAAUCAUCCAUUCAUGGGGUUAUUCAUCCGAUCGUUGAAGCUCUCCAUGAUGGUAACCUCCACCCCUGCACUGUGAGCCGCUCCUCCGUAGCUCGCCCUACCCGCUCCAACUCCGACGGAUCCGAUGGCCAGCCGUCUCCUGGUCAGAUGUACGCGUUUCCUCUCCAGGCCCUCACCGCUGGCAACCAUUGCAGCUUCCAAUCAGACUAACCCUAUCUCUGCAACAACUCUGUCUGAGCUGCAAUGGGCUCCAGCACGGGUAUGGGUUCCUGAGAGGCGCCUAUGUGAUGUUAGAAUUGUAGCCAGAGAUGAGAACGUGCCUGCCAUGCCAAGGCGCACUCAGCUUGAUAAACUGGUGGAGAAGGCAGAAACACCAGAGGACAUCUUGCGGGCCUGGAAAGAACACAGAGGAAAUGGUAACCAGGCUGCUAUCGCUAUGGUGAAACUGUCGCGGAUGGUUCAAGGAACACAAGGAAGUAUUCCUACCAUAGAUGCAGAUAUUCUGAUGGAUCCGAGGCUGCAGGACAUCAUGGAUACAAUAAACGGACAGGUAUCUGCAGUGUGGAACAGCACACUGGUGUCCGUUCUGCGGUCUUUCUGGGCCAUGAAUUUGCCUCCCAGCACUUCAGUGUUGACCUCCGUCCAGACCGAGGUUCUAUGGCGAGUUCGCAGGCUAAGCUACCGGCAGCUGGCCUUGCUGGUGGACUGGGGCUGGGAGAGGCCAAGAUCAUCUGAGGUGGCCAUCGUGAACGCUUCCUUGAAACAGCUGGAACUGCGCUGGACUGAGAUCUCAGACGCAAGGACUGUCAGUGCGCUGAUAUCCAAAGGCGAACGCAUGUCGUCCAGCUUGAUGGACCGACUAGAAGACAAGGCGUUGGAGCUGGCGGAGGGCUUUUCGACACAGGAGAUCCGCAGAGUGUGUUUAUCCAUGGCAUCUCGGGGCCGCAGGUGUGUUCCCUUGCUCAGAGCGCUGUCAUACCACCUGCUCCAGAAGCCCUCCUCCGACCUCACCACUCCACUGCUGCUGGACAUGGCCUAUGUUUAUGGAAAGUUGAAUUUCAACCAUUCCCAGGUGUUCCAGCGGAUGGCAGCCGAGUUGCUGCCCAGAGUGCCGGAGCUCAGCCCAAUCGACAUCACCCGCUGCGCCAAGUCCCUAGGAUUCCUCAAGUGGCUCCACCUCCCUCUCUUUGAGGCCUUUGCAGAGCACUACACAGCCAACAGCGAGAAGUACGUCACAUCACAGGUCUGUAAUCUACUCAUGACAUUGGCCAGGUUGGGCUUCCAACCCAGCAAUGGAGAGCAGUUUUACAGCAAGGUUCACUCUGCCCUGGAGGACUCUCUGCGUGGCCUGGAGCCCUUCCUGCUGGUGGAUGUGGUCUGGUCUCUGUGUGUACUACAGCAGGUCAAGCCACACUACUGUCUAUCCCUCGCCCGGCCUGAGUACAGAGCCAGUCUUUCAGCCAGCGCCAGCCCGACUCGCGUGGAGAACUGUCGUUUGAAGCUCCUCCACAUCGCAGCCACCCUCCAGCUGGAACACCCGGGCUCCACAGAGGCAGACGCUGCUCUCUCUGGCCUAGUGAACUUCACCCCGGCCUCCCCCACCGUCUCCCCACUGCAGAGAGCCCUGAGGGAGUCUCUCCAAGGCCUGGUCCUGGGGAGGACCACGGCCCUGCGGACCGCCGUCGACACCGUGUACGGGUGGACCCUCGAUGGCGAGGUGAUGGUUGACAGUGAGAACCAGCUGGUGGACCUGCUGAUGCCCAGUGGCCUGCACCUACCUGGGGAAGGAGGGGAGCAGGCCCUGCCAGCAGGCACGCGCCGACUGGCAUUCCUAGCCUGGGACUUCCCCAACUUUGGCUUGCGCAGUAAAGAACUUCUUGGAAGGUUUGCGAUGAUGAAGCGACACCUCCAGCUGGCCGACCUGCUCCUGGUGGAGGUGCCCUACUAUGAGUGGUUAGAGCUGAAAACGGAACGGCAGAGAGUGGCGUACCUGAAGGACAAGAUGGGCAAGGCAGUGGCUGAAGAUAUGGCCAAGUGAAGCGGGUCUUCAAGGGGCUCCUCAGACGGAGCCAGAUAGCCAACCGCCUCAAGCCAGAUCACACACACAAAUAGAUCUGCACUAUUGAUAACGGAGCCGCUUGUUGAUAUGAUGGAGCAUUCUGUUCCUCAUACAAAAAAUAAUAAUCAUUUUACCUUCUGGUUCCCUUGACAACACAUGGGGCUUUCCCUGUUUCCAUAGAGAUGCAGAUCGAGAGGUCUGUAGACAAGAGAGCGAAAGAGAGACAUAUAUAUAUAUA